AUGAGCCUAAUACUUCAGAGAACGUCGAUAUCGACCAACAUCAAAGAACGUUUAGAUUUUUCAUGUGCAUUAUUUGGUCCAGAUGGUGGAUUAGUAUCAAAUGCACCUCAUAUCCCCGUGCAUCUAGGUGCUAUGCAAGAAGCUGUUCAGUAUCAAAUUAAAUCAGUUGGUAAUGAGAUCAAAGAAGGUGAUGUGAUUCUUAGCAAUCAUCCAAAAGCAGGUGGUUCUCAUUUGCCAGAUCUGACUGUGAUAACUCCUGUGUUUUAUCCUGGUCAACCAAAACCUGUAUUUUAUGCUGCAAGUCGGGGACACCAUGCAGACAUUGGGGGUAUAACACCAGGAUCAAUGCCACCACAUUCAAAAUCAUUGUCAGAAGAAGGAGCCCAGUUUAAAAGUUUCUUCUUAGUGCGUAGUGGACGUUUCUGUGAAGAAGAAGUUACCAAUGCUCUUAUGGCUCCUGCUUUCUUGCCUGGUUCUUCUGGCACUAGAAACCUCAAGGAUAAUUUAUCAGAUUUGAAAGCUCAGAUUGCAGCAAAUCAAAAAGGUAUUUACUUAGUCACUGAACUCAUAAAUUCGUACGGAUUAGAUGUUGUUCAAGCAUACAUGGACCAUAUACAAAAAAAUGCAGAGAUUGCAGUAAGAGACAUGUUGAAAAACAUUGGCAACGCUCAUUUAUUAGCUUGUGGAUUGAACACAUUGGAAUCAGUUGAUUAUUUAGAUGAUGGAUCCACUAUAAAACUAUCAAUUCAAUUAAAUGUUCAUAAUGGAGAAGCUUUAUUUGAUUUUAGCGGAACUAGUUAUGAAGUUUGGGGCAAUUGUAAUGCACCAAAAGCUAUUACAUUAUCAGCAUUAAUAUAUUGUUUAAGAAGUAUGAUUGGAUAUGAUAUACCAUUAAACCAAGGUUGUCUAAAACCGAUCAAAGUAAUUAUUCCUUCCGGCUCUAUACUUGAUCCAUCAGAGAAUGCUGCUGUUGUUGGUGGCAAUGUAUUGACUUCACAACGUGUUGUAGAUGUUGUGUUAAAAGCAUUUGGYGCUGCUGCAGAUAGUCAGGGUUGCAUGAACAACAUAACAUUUGGCCAAGAUGAUUGGGGUUACUAUGAAACAGUUGCUGGUGGUGCUGGAGCUGGUUCUACGUGGAUUGGUCGUAGUGGAGUUCAUACUCAUAUGACAAAUACUCGUAUAACAGAUCCUGAAAUAUUAGAAAAACGUUAUCCUGUGUUUUUAACUACAUUUACAUUACGUGAAAACUCUGGGGGAAUUGGCAAAUAUUGUGGUGGUGAUGGAGUUGUAAGAGAAUUACAAUUUAGAUCUCCAGUGACKUUGUCUAUACUAACUGAAAGGCGAUCUUUUGCCCCUAACGGAAUUAAAGGAGGUGAGAAUGGGCAAAAAGGYGAAAAUCUAUUAAUAAAACGUGAUGGCAGAAAAAUUAGACUAGGUGCUAAAACUGCAGUCGACAUUAAUCCUGGUGAUACAUUUUUGUUAUUGACUCCUGGUGGUGGUGGAUAUGGAUUGCGAUCUGAUGAUAAUACUGUAACAGUGAAAAWGCCUAUUUGUAGCUCAACUUUAGAACGAGGAUCUGGGUACAACUACCGUAUGCUGCAAGAAUCUGCUUAAAAGCAAACAAUUUUUAUCAACACAUCUAAUUUAUCAAAUUGUAUUCAUAUUUGAUCAGUCUAUUUUCUAUAAUGUUUAUUAUAAUUUUUCCAACUUUAUUUCUUGUCAAAUUAGUUUUUCUUACUUCAAAUAAUAGUUCUAUAAUUUAUUAUUUGUAAGUAUUUAAAUCAAAAUCAUAACCAUGAUAUUUAAAUUUAAAUUGUUA